AUGUCUUCCGAUACGUCCCCAAAUGACAAAGAAUUCAACGAGAAGGAGGUCCGCAUGACUGGACCUUCUCUACCAGAACGCACUGCUUCUAUCACCGAUGGCGUUCAACGCGAGUCGCGUAAAGGCUCCCUGGUUGCCUCGAUCAAGGCAGGCUAUGGUCUGGCCGACGUCAGUGAUGAGGAGAGUGUUAGGCAAGGUCUUGAUUUGACCCACCGCAAGCUCAAGGCCAGACAUAUUCAGCUUAUUGGUAUUGGUGGCACUAUUGGUACUGCCCUUUUCGUGCAAAUUGGUCGUGGUCUCAUGAACGGCGGACCUGCGAGUUUGUUCCUGGCAUUCACCAUCUGGUGCACAUUCAUCCUCGCUGUCACCAAUUGCGUUGCUGAAAUGGUUACAUACCUGCCUCUGUCGUCUCCUUUCAUCCGUUUUGCAGAUCGAUAUGUUGACGAAGCGUUUGGUGUCGCUGCUGGCUACAAUUUCUUCAUUUUUGAGGCGUUCCUGGUGCCUUUCGAAGUCGUGGCAUGCAACUUCAUCAUCCACUACUGGACAGACGUCAUCCCAACGGCUGCUGUAAUCACCAUGGUUAUUCUUGCCUAUGCCGCUGCCAACUUAUUUGCAGUGAAGUACUACGGAGAGACUGAAUUCUGGCUGGCACUCGGCAAAAUGCUUUUGAUUAUCGGCUUGAUCUGCUAUACUUUCAUUGUCAUGCUUGGAGGAAACCCACUGAACGACCGAUUUGGGUUCCGGUACUGGAAGAAUCCUGGGUCCUUCACCGAGCUCUAUUAUGAGGGUUCUCUUGGCCGUUGGCUCGGUUUCCUCCAAUGUUUGAUUCAAGCAUCUUUCACCAUUGCUGGACCCGACUACGUCGCCAUGGCUGCUGGCGAGGCCGAGAACCCUCGCUACAUCAUGCCGCGCGCUUUCAAGGCCGUCUUUUACCGCCUAAUGUUCUUUUUCGUCAUCGGCUCCCUCUGCAUCGGCAUUGUGGUCCCUUAUGACGAUCCCGAGAUGGUGGCCGCUUUCACCAGCGGCGAGCCGGGAGCUGCAGGCUCACCCUACGUCGUUUCGAUGAACCGCCUCAAUAUCCCUGUUCUGCCUCAUAUUGUCAACGCCAUGGUCCUGGGUAGUGCUUUCUCCGCCGGCAACAGUUACUGUUAUUGCGCCAGCCGCAGCCUUUACGGCAUGGCUCUCGAAGGCAAGGCGCCCAAGAUCUUCACGCGAUGCACCAGAAAUGGUGUGCCAAUCUAUUGCGUCGGGGUCGUACUUGCCAUUACGCUACUCAGCUUUCUACAACUCAACAACAACUCCGCCACCGUGUUGCAAUGGUUUGUCAAUCUGAUCACCGCUUCCCAGCUCAUCAAUUUCUCUGUCAUGACUUUCACUUUCCUCAAGUGGAAGAAGGCCUGCGAAGUGCAGGGUCUCGACCGGAACACCCUUCACUACAAAGCUUGGUGGUCACCCUUCACCGCCUACUACGCUCUGACAGCCACAACCAUCAUGACUUUCGUCGGCGGCUACACUGUUUUCCUGCCAGGCUUCUGGGACAUUCCCACCUUCUUCUUCAGCUACACUAUGGUUGGCGUGUUCCCGCUACUCUUUGUGGGCUGGAAGGUUCUCAAGAAGACAAAGUGGCGUAAGCCUCAUGAGGUCGAGCUACGGCCCAAAGAGUUGGCCGAAGUGGAUGAGUACGAGCGGAACUAUGUUUACAUUCGUCCCAAGUGCGUGACCCUUCCCUUUCAGGAGUCAACCAUACUGACAGACAACCAGGAGUAA